UCCCACUUAGUAGUUCCCCUUAACCUCAGAUGACAGGAGCGCCCUUCUCCCAUGUCGCCCGUGUGUGUGUGUGGGUAACUUAUACAGACUCCGGGGGGUGACGUCCAGCAUAAGGAGCCGUCAGUCACUUCCUUUAUCUCGCACCAAGAAAGCUCUUCUAGAAGACGCUCCUCUCCUCUGGAAGCUGAAGAGCACAAAGGGCCACAGCAUGGCAUCCCACAUCCCAGCGCUCCCUCAGUCCUACUCCCCAGGCACCGACAGCGUCUUUUCUGACCAGUCUGGCUUCCACUCUCUGGACUCCAACGUACCCGGACUCUCCAGGGUGAUUCUCAACAAGCUCAACAUGAAGGACUAUGGAGAAUACCGGGCUGCCGUGGAAGGAAAGCCGAGGGCCAUCUCGUUCCGCAGCUACAAGGAGAUGUUCCAGAAGAUGGAGGAAACCUUCAAGUUCUGCACAGGCUGCCACAAACUCCCAGAGCACCUCGCCGACGGGCAGGCCCUGAAACGCUGCGUGAAGUGUCUGAACGUGUACUACUGCACAAAAGACUGUCAGAAAAAGGACUGGCCUCAGCAUAAAAAGGUCUGCAAGACGCUGAGGCUCGUGGCCAUUGACAGACUAGUAGAGUGGCUGAUGUUCACCGGAGACCUCCCACUGCCAACUGAGACGUGGUCCAAAUCAGUCGCUGAGGUGAAGAGCUGGGACGACUGGCUUCCCAUGCAGACGGACCUGUCAGCGCGUCUCGACGCCGUCUUGUCCGGUGCCAACAUGGUAAACCUCUGGAAAAACGCCUGCAGGCCUCGGCCUGAAGACGCCGACCUACGACAAUCGUUGUGGCGAAUCCAGAGCGAGUUCCUCUCACGGGUCCUCACAGUUGGGAUGGCCAUCCAACGCUUUGGGCUGGAUCCGUAUGCAAAGCCACUCACUAUUCACAUAGCAGGAGCGUCCCACAGUGAGACCAUGGGAGCCAGGCUGACCGACUAUGACGAGCUGAACAAGAUGUUCCCUGGACACCAGGGCAUGGAGGUAGUGAUGGUGGGACCAGAGGUGAUAGACGGCUCCAUCAUGAGGCCUCCUCUUAGAGCGUUUGGUCCAAAGAAGAGGGUCUACAUCAGCGCCUACAAGGCCCUCUACCACCAGUUCUGGGAGGAGGUGGUUGAAACUGAGGAUGCGGCCAAGCCAGACCUGGUGGUUGGAUUUCAUCCUGGGUUCCACGCUAACCAGGGUCUGGUAGAAGGCUGGCUACCCACUCUGCUGCUCCUCAGGGACUACAACAUCCCUUCCUUCUUCACCAUGUACAGCGAGAUGGAGCUCAAGUGCUCCCUGCAGAUCCUGCUGGAGCUGGAGAUGAACAUCAUGGACAGUGGACGCAAUCCAUUCACCUCCCAGAAACCAGAGCAGGUCCAGGCCUGCCCUAACAAACCUCCAGUGUACUGCAACUCUCACUACGUCUGUUUCCAGGGCCUGCUGCCACAAGAGGACGAUGAGGGUCGGCACACAGACAGUUAACAUCACAUCAUGAAGCACGUCAAAACUCAAAAGAUUUGAAAAAAACAGCUUUGGGAAUUCAAGCAGCCCUUAUGAGGUGGACGUUUGUCUGAUAUGCUGCGACACAAAUAUGCACAUUUAAGCUUUUUCAUCUUGAAAAAUAUACAUUCACUACGUCAAAACACCCUCCUUUGAAUUUUAAUGCAGUUUAUUAAUGAGGCAGAUUACAGAAAUCCCUCAAAGCUCGUUUUAAGGCUCAGAGGUUUCUGCUCCGUUGGUGCCCCGAGGUGACAUGCCCCUUUGAUAUAAAGGGUCAUUGUCACGCAUGCAUAAUGAGACCAAAAUGACUUCAGCGAUCACGUGGUGGCUUCCUGUGUUUUGUUCCGCGACUAGACCAAUUCCCAGAACUCACAAUAGCUGCAAAAAAUCAGAACAUGUGCAUACUAAUGGAACACGCAAUCGGAAAAUGAAACCUGAAUAAAUUGUAGUGUGCCACAGAA